AAAUGUAUUCACAGUUUUACUAUAUGCUUUUAAUGUAUUGUGUUAUUAUAAACUUUGAACUGUAUGUUUUAUCACUUGACACGUUUUGUUUGUUUUUAGGAUGACUAUUUUACAUCUGUCCAGGGACUACAGAUGAAAAAUAGCCUUUUGGCUAAUUCUGGUGCAUUGACAGAAAUGUUCAUUAAUGCACACUGUUCUAAAUAAAAAGGGGGCAUAUUUUACUAUUCUUUCCCCUUAUAUUACAUAAAAUAAAUUAAAUUAAAUAUGCAAAUAAAAGAGGCUGUCUUGUUCCCUCUACAUUAAAUUAAAGUUUUUUAAAAUUAAAUGGGAACGAGAUGUGCAAUUUCUUCCCCUAAACUAAAUUGAAUUACUUUAAAUACAUUAAAUGUAGGAUAAGGAAAUGAUGACAAAUUUUCGCUUCCGGAAGUGCCCAACGCCUUUAUUUUGAAGGCGUCCACCAACGCAGCUGUUUCCGCUGCUUGUGUUUGGUGUGGCUCGGUUCGGCUCCGUUCGGCUCAGCUCGGCUCGGCUCGGGACAGACCAGCAGCGGUAGUGAACCUGUGAUGGCGGCCCCUGCUCUCUCCGGUCGGGCUGGCUCGGCGGGCAGCCUCGGGAACAGCCCCACCAUGGCGGGCGGUCGGCUGCCUCACGGCGGCGGCGGAGGCGGAGGCGUCGGGCCCGAGCUCGACUUCAGGUCGGCGGCCCGCAUGGAGGACCUGAACCGACUCAUCCAGGAGUUUAGCAAGCACGACCAGCGGGAGUACGACGACCAGCGGGCUCUGGAGAUCCACACGGCCAAGGACUUCAUCUUCUCCAUGCUGGGAAUGGUGCAGAAGUUGGACCAGAAGCUGCCGGUGGCCAACGAGUACCUCCUCCUGUCGGGUGGCGUCCGGGAAGGCGUGGUGGACAUGGACCUGGACGAGCUCAGUGUCUACGCCCGUGGUACAGACUACGACAUGGACUUCACCCUGCUGGUCCCGGCGCUCAAACUCCACGACCGAAACCAGCCGGUGACGCUGGACAUGAGGCACUCGGCGCUGGGCCACUCCUGGCUCAGUCUCCGCCUCUUCGACGAGGGAACCAUCAACAAGUGGAAGGACUGCUGCACCAUCGUCGACCACAUCAAUGGCACCACCAACUACUUUUUCUCCCCGACGCUGGUGGCUGACUGGUUCUACCAGUCCAUCUCCCUGGUGCUGCUGGAGGUGCAGAAGAAGCCACAAAGGGGAAUGCCGAGGGUGGAGAAGGUGGAGCGGAACGGUACCAUCAUCUCUGUCAUACUGGGCGUCGGCAGCAGCCGGAUGCUCUACGACAUCGUCCCUGUUGUAUCUUUCAAGGGCUGGCCGGCCGUCGCUCAGAGCUGGCUGAUGGAAAACCACUUCUGGGACGGGAAGAUCACAGAAGAGGAGGUGAUCAGCGGGUUCUACCUGGUUCCUGCCUGCUCCUACAAAGGCCGCAAAGAGAACGAGUGGCGCCUGUCGUUCGCCCGCAGCGAGGUGCAGCUGAAGAAGUGCAUCUCGUCCAGCCUAAUGCAGGCAUACCAGGCCUGCAAAGCCAUCAUCAUCAAGCUGCUGUCGCGCCCCAAAGCCAUCAGCCCGUACCACCUGCGCAGCAUCAUGCUGUGGGCCUGCGACCGCCUCCCCGCCAAUUACCUGGCACAGGACGACUUCUCCGCCCACUUCCUGCUCGGCCUGAUCGACGACCUGCAGCACUGCCUCGUCAACAAGAUGUGCCCCAACUACUUCAUCCCUCAGUGCAACAUGCUGGAGCACCUGUCGGACGAGACCGCCAUGCUUCAUGCCCGCAAGCUGUCCUCCGUGCGCUCCGACCCGGCCGAGCACCUGCGCACUACCAUUGAGCACGCCAAGGCCGCCAACAGGCUGACGGUGGAACUGCAGUGGCGAGGCAGCGCCAACAACCUGCCGUCGCCGCAGUCGGACGCCGGUGGCGAGAACCAGCCCGAUGAUCGGCUGGCCAAGAAGCUGCAGCAGCUCGUCACGGAGAAUCCUGGGAAAUCCAUCUCGGUCUUCAUCAACCCGGACGACGUCACGCGGCCGCACUUCCGCAUCGACGACAAGUUCUUCUGAGACUGAGAACCUUCGCCUCCUCUUCGUCCUCUCGGCCUUCCUCCUCCUCGCCCAGUGCCCCGCCUCCUCUGAAACUUUAUUUUUUACAUUUUUUUAUGUUUCUCUGCCACAGAGUGAAGUGCGGUGAUCGUCCAGUUGUGUCUGCCACAGUUUUUUAUUUUUUUAUUUUUAUUUUUCUAUUCCCCGUCCCUGCGUCCCUCCUCUUUCACUGUGUGCCCUGUGUUUUUUACCUGCUCGAUGCCUUUUAAAUAGACAGCUGAUUUAUUAGCAGGUUGUUUUUAACAAUGAAGGACGGGACAUAAAUCCACCUUUGAGAAGGAACUGCUGUCAGGACGGUAGUUUGAUGAAAAUAUCAGGGAUCCUGGAAAUGAGACGAAUCUAGCAACUCCUGAAAACAUCAUGAUGGCUUGUGCACUCUGGCCAGUAGUUUUGGUAGCCAUGUUUUCUUUACCAAACUGACAAAAUUACACAAUUUAUCAUCCAGAAACUGUAACAACAGAAAUAAUUAUUAGAUUUUCAACUUUCAGACAGUUUUUGAACUACUCAUCUGUUGCGUGUCUUCAGGAAACUUGACCAAAUCUUAGCUUAAAAUUCUUAAGUUUAGAAAAUUGCUAAAUCUGAACCGUUAGCUCUCACCAGAUUCUAUAAAUAAAAAAAAUUCUGUGCUUGUUGGUACAACGGUGAGUCCAUCAGCGACUCAGCUGUGACCAACAGUCAUGUGACAAAAAUUCAGGGGUUUUUCAGCUAAGCUUCGGCUUUUACAUCUUGCAAAAUGUCUUGAAUCAGUUACAGGUUUGGUUCAGUGUCCUUAUUUUUGGCAAUUUUUUAAAUAAUUUUUAAUACGACAAAAAAUAAAAUGGAUUUUGUUAAAAUAUUGAGUUUAAGCUUAGAUUUGGUCACGUUUGCUAACAAAACUGCCAAUCUGUGAUCACGAGAUUAGUUCAUGGACUUGUGUAAAGGUUGAAAAUCCAAUAAUUCUUUUGGGCUAAGCAGUUUCGUGCUGAUAAAUAUGAUCAUUUUGGCUGUUUUUAAAAAGUUAACACGCCUUCAAAACCCUCAAAACACAAACCUCUCCAACAUUCAAUCUGACUUUGCUCUUAUGAACCGCUCAGAUUCGGGAGUUGCGAUGAGUGUCGGGUCCAGCAGUGAAGGCAGCAGCGUUGGUUCUGGAGGUGGGUUUGGUCCCUCUGAGGAAUGUCUUAGCCCCGCUGGGGGACGAUGGUACUAACGUCUUAGAAACUAACUGUAAAUAGCAAAAACACUGACCGAUGUGUGUAGACAGAAAGGGAAAUAGACUGACGAUGAUUUGUGGACUACUUUUUUCGUCUAAUUUUGCACAGAAUGUAAAAAAAGAAAACACCACUUUUCCUCUCGAUGGAGGACGUUGUGUCGUCCUAGUUCUCAAAUAUCAUAUCAGUGACACUUUACUGGGAAACGGUCGCACUGCACGCUUUAAAUGUGUUUAUUAACCAACGGAACUGCAGCCGGGUCACACUGGAACCCAGUCUGACUUCAGAGAUGGUGAUCUGCUCGAAUUCAUCUCUUUAGAGCUGGUUAAAAAAAAAAGCACCUAAACUGUUAAAAUUCCGAUGUUUGGGAGUUUUACACCUUCCAAGUGCAAAGCUUUAUUUUGCAGAAAUUUGUAGGUUUAAAUCAGUGCACUGUGCAGCUCUGAACACUCAGGUUAAUCCGCUGCGUAUCGACUGACCAGGUAAAGUGUCACCGAAUGUUCCUUUAGACAUACUAUCACCGACAUCCCGUCACUUUCUUUCGUCUUCUCUGUUUCAAUAAUAUAAGCUUCACUGUGUUUUUAAACCCUACUGAUAUUUUUUCUGUUCUGCUGCUUCUGUCUGUAUCGAGGGUUUGACUCGGUUCUCGACUCAACCAGCUCAGAUUUAAAUAAGACCCGACCACAGCUUCACCAUGUUCUGAAACUCUUAAACUUGCCUUUAUUAUAAAGAAUCGAGAACAAGUUUGAUCCUGGACAAGAAUGAGGAAGACAGUGGAGAUUAAGACGCAUACAUACCACCUAGUAUUUACAACAUUCUUCUUUCCACCUGGAAGUUCUUGAGGGUCUAUGGGAUGUAAACUUCCUCCCCAACAAGCUUGCAUACUCAAUAGUAGUUGAGUCGAGCAGAAGAGCCCUCCAAACUGGCUAGAAAAGUAGUACAACAACAAAAACUAAGAGUCUUUAGUGAUGAGAAGGACAUAUAAUGAAGGCGUCGUUCUUGCCAUCUUAAGAAAGUAAAAGAAGUCAGUUUAAUAUGUUAUGAAUCUCUAUGUCGGUUAAAAUUUGCGUCUACUACGCCACAACCAACUACAAGGGCUGUAGUGUACAAAGCUGACUAGAAAGUAGUAAUAAAACAACUACAGGGUGGCAAAGAAGUUUAAAGAAGGUUUAAAACUGGCCAUCUUGAGAAGGUAAAUAAGUCAGUAUGAUACUUCCCGAUUGCUGCCCAAAAUUUGUGAUUUAUUGAAGUAUUUCCGAACUACCAAUAUACUUUCUAUGUACAAGUCUUCAUGUACAUAGAAAGUAUAACAUUGGCCUUAUGCUACUUUCUAGUUUGCUCAGCCUUACACUACUACUCCAGAAGCACUACUUUCCACGUGCAGCAUAAAAUUUGUGCACACCUGGGAUAUGUAGACACUAAGUUUUAGAAUUCAUGAAGCUAAAAUUUCUUCAAAUUGGGAAUUUUUAUACUGCAGAAUUCAUACUACAUAAACUCUAAAUGGUAGAGGCCCCAGACUGGAGCCCUGAGGAACUCUGCUCAGAUUUACUCUCAACAAAGCUCCACUUACAUGAAAGAGAAACAGAACUUAAUGCUCAGUUGUACUUCUUCAAGCUACAUGUACGUUGGGAUUUGUACUGCAGAUCUAUAUCUGAAAUGGAAACUUCAAGCAGACUAGAAAGUAGUAAAAAAACAACAACUAUGCAGCUACAACAGAGUUUAAGUGAGGCUUAAAUCUGACUGAUUCGCCUCGAUGUCUGGAAGUCUUGAGGUGUCCAAGAUGCAGCAUCGGUUGGUGUCAAAGACUACACAGAAAAUAUGGCUGUAGCUCUGGAAAAUGAAACCAAUCAAGAUUAGCCUGCAUUCUUACUAACAGCCAGCAGGGGGUGACUCUUGUAGUUGCAAAAAGAAGAGAAAAUGACUCAACUUUAAGUUUAAGUCUCCUGAAAUGCAGCAUGGCAUCAAUUUACUAAACCGUGUCCUUAUUUAGAGGAAAAUAGCCGAUAAAGCAAAGUAUGUUUAGGGCGGCCCCACCUUGUGAUCCACAGUUGGCCUGUCAAAUGUGGUUUAAAAAGAGAUUCCAAACCUGAAAACACAUGACCACAAACCAAAAGGAAACAUCGUGGCGACUUCCUGUGACUUCCAUUCAUCGGUGUGUUGGGUUUUCUGGUUCACGUUGACAUUGUGUGGUCAUUAAAGUUGAUAGAAACAUUCUGAUGAAGCUACAGCCAUCUUCAUCUUGGCAUGUUGCAGUAAACUUAUAGAAAGUUAAAUAUGCAAUUACCGUAUUUUCACGACCAAAAGGCGCACUGUACCAAAAGGCGCAGUCUCAGUUAUGUGUGCCAUUACUGUAUUUAAAACACACAUAAGGCGCACCUGAUUAUAUGGCGAGGGUUUUAUAUACAAUCCACGCCCACACUUCCCCCUUUAACGUUCUCAUGGUGUCCUCUACUACGUCGGCCUUACAACAACAACACCACACACAAGCAUACAAGUGUGCGUUUUUAUAGAGCCGGAGCAAAACUGAGUUUGGUUGUGCUUUAUUUAAGUAUUGAUUACAAAGUACUAACAUUUUUUUAAUCAUCAAUAGUCGCGGGCAUGGUAAAACACAGAUAAAACAAGCACACAAGUGUGCGUAUUUAAAAAUAGAGCGGGAGCAAAACUGAGUUUGGUAUUCACAUUUUCUUUUUUACCGGUAAUCGUCAUCAAUCAAACCCAUGGAAGUCCUCAUCCUCUGUUUCUGAAUUGAACAGCUGCGCUAAACCGCCAUCAAACAUGCCAGGUUCACUUUCUUCACUGUCAGUCACUUUCCGUGCCGUGCGGCGCUUCGGAAAUGAUGCCGGCUUUUGCGAAAGCUCGAACAACAGUGCCAGCAGACACGUUAGCCCAAGCAUCUACAAUCCAUUCGCAAAUUGUGGCGUAACUCGCCCGGCGCUGCCUUCCACUCUUAGUGAAACUGUGGUCUCCAUCGGUCAUCCAUCGCUCCCACGCCGCUCGCAGCCUUACUUUGAACGGCCGGUUCACACCGAUGUCCAGCGGUUGGAGUUCCUUUGUCAGGCCUCCCGGAAUGACAGCAAGCUCAGAGUUCAUUUGCUUCACUUGUUUUUUCACAUCGGCUGUGAGAUGGGCACGCAUAGAGUCACAGAUCAACAGCGAUGGUGAUGCGUGGAAAAAACCACCUGGUCUACGUCCGCCUUACAACAACAACAACAACACACACAGGACACACUGCACCAUAGGGCGCGCCGCACAAUUUGAAGAAAAUCCAAGACUUUUAUGUGCGCCUUAUAGUCGUGAAAAUACGGUAGAUGAAAGUUUCACUCGUCUCACUAAUCUGAGACAGUUAGAAUUGUUGGUGUGAAAUAUGUUAAUUAAUGACCUUGUUUUGUUGGAUAUUUAGUUGAAGCUUGUAGCCUCAAUUGACCUUAACAGUCCACUACAGCUCUUAAACACUAACACUGAGGCUAAAAGUUAGCUAAUAACACUGUAUUAGAAGUCUUUGACAUUAAUAAGCUUUUUUUAAGAGCGUCCUGGCUGUUGUAGUCGGUCCUCAGCUGGUUGCGUCGAAGCCGAGUCACUCCCAGUUUCCGUCUUUUUGUUGCCACAAACAUUUCCAGGAAAAUGCCAAAAAAAAGAACAAAAAAACAAACCAACUCCUGCAGACGUCUGCCCGGCAGCGUGAUCUCCAUAUAUCCUCAUCCUCAAGUGCAAUUAGUGAAAACACACACGGAACACACACAUGUACACUCCAUGUAGCAUUACCACACUCCAGUAGGUUAAAUGACACUCCUUCACUCCCACUCAGAGGGUUUCUCACACCAUUAAAGUGCCGCACACUCUCCCGCUCAGUGGAAAUGUAAUCAGUGUGUUCUUCUGAGCUUUGUGACCUUCGACCUCUCUCUGUUUGUUCAGAACCUUUCGACUGUGAGUUUUUAUUUUCUCUGUAAUCCUGCUGCUCUGCUUUAUUCUGAUGAUGGAUUUCUUUAUGCAAUGUCGACUUGGAUGGUUUCGCCUUUCAGAUGGCAGAUCUUCCCCCAUUCUGCUAAAAUUUUUGUAUGCAAGUAUCCCUAAUUUGUCGUAAUCCCGAAUGAUAUUGACCCUUUUGUUAAACCAAGCAGCUGUAACUUGAAAUGCUCACUCCAAGAUGCCAUGAAUUCAGUUUUUCAUCAAAAGACACUAAAAUAUAGUUAAAAAUGUUCUAUUGUUUGCAGUAUUUAUUGGUCACAGAACUAAGUUUGGGUGUUUGGAUGUUGAAUAGUAAUGAUUUGAAGCCUUGUCAUACUGCAGAAUUUGGCCAAAUGAAGCAUAAUCUGAAUUAAAAGAGGCCCCACAAUUGAACCCUAAGGAACUCCAUUUAGAUUUAAGUAAAGCUCUUAUAAUUUGAAAGAAAAAUGUAAAUUAAUGUUAAGUUUUCAAAUCUUUGGUGCUGAAAUUUCCUCAAGUUAGGACUUAAAUUUAGAGGCCCUAAAAUUGAACCUUGAGGAACGCCGCUCAGAUUUGCACUGUGUCUCUGAGCAAGGCUUCAGUUUAAUAGAACUUAGAACUCAGUUUUAGUUCUUGGAGUUCGAAUUCCUUCAAUUGGGAAUUAUUUUUGCCAAAUUUGGCUGCGAUAGAGCUUAAGUUGAAUUAUUGAAUUAAUAGAGGCCCCAGAAUUGAGCCCCGAGCAACUCCGCUCAGAUUUACACUGUGUCUAUGAACAAGGCUCUAAUUACUAAAAGAAAAACACAGAUUGGUGCUCAAUUUUUGUUGGAAUUUAGGUAGAAUUCUGAAGGAACUGGGACUUAAAUUGCAGAAUUUGCCGUAAAAUUCAACCCUGAGAAACUCUGCUCAGAUUUGCAGUGUCUAUAAGCAAUGCAUCAAUUUGGUACAACUUAAAGCUCAAUUUUAAUUGCAGCUAGAAAUUCCUCAAGCUGGGGAUUAUUGUACCACAGAGUUUGGUCAAAAGAACACAAGAGGCCCCAGAAUUGAGCCCUGAGGAACUCCGCUUAGAUUUUCACUGUGUCCCUAAGCAAGGCAUUAAAACACCUAGAGCUCAGGUUUAGUUUUAGAAUUUCUUCAGUUUUAUAAUUAUUUUGCCAAAUUUGACUGUGACAGAGCAAAGGUUGUAUUGAUAGAGGCCCUGAAAUCCAACCCUGAGGAACUCCACUCAGAUUUACACUGUGUCUAUGAGCAAGGCUCUAGUUACCUUAAUGAAAAACAGAUUGGUGAAAUUGGCUUGAAAUCCCUAAUUUACAUGUAGGAUACUUAACUCUUGGCAGCAUGUGAGUCCUCAGGUUUCUGGUGUAUACAAUUUAGUAUUUAAAAUGACUCCAAAAAGCUUGAAACAUUUAACCUUCUGACCUUCUAAAAGAUGGCAGCUUCAAGUGUUGUGCACAAAAGCUGCAUCUUGUGCUUCUUUUCCAAUGUUGUUGGUAAAGUCAUUACUUUUGUGCACAGAAAAGUAAUUGUCUGUUGCGUGCAGAGUUGUGUACACAUGAAAUAACAUUAAAAUUUAUCAUUCGGGACUCCUCUGCUGUUGAAAAGUUAGAAGUAACUGAGGCAGAAAGGCAGAAAUGGUGAAUUCUAGUCAUGCAAACAUGGCGGUGAAAGGAAUCCAUGAAAUAUUAAAGUUACAUCUUAUCAGUUUUUCGCUCUGUGGCUUCCAGAAGCGUUAAACAGUUUAGAAACUUUAACCUGCUGCUCGGUUUUGCUGUAAUCAGACAAAUUAUAAAAGAAAACACGGCGUUUCUGAGCAUCGUUUUCACGUAAUUUCCACUGCGGCCACCAGGAGGCCUCGGUGAGCUCAGUUACUGUCGUGAUGGAGGGAAGCUACCGUCUGAAGGAGAACAUCUGUUGCCUCCUGUGAUGUUCAACUACUGUUGUAAAUAGCACUUGAUAAAAUAACUCAAAUUCCACAA